AGUAACGGAUUAACGUUAGAUAACCAGUAACAUUACAUUACGUUAGCAUACCAUUUAUGCACUCAGUUACCAUGGUAACAAGCCACAAGAUAAAACGCCAGCUGACGUUCAUGUAAACAACGUUAGCUUAUCUGCACAUAUUCGGCUCGGGGCAUCGUUAUCUCAUCAAAACCGUGCUAAGGAAACGCUGUAAAUGCUUUGAUGCUAAUUAACGCGGACGUCGUCCUGGCUUGAGGUUUUCUCCAACGACUGAGGGUACACGUAACUGUUAGCUUACCUCUAGUUAACGUUAGCCUUGUUAAGUUGCUGAAUCGCGCUCGUUAGCCUGUUUUUUUUUUACUUCCGUUAAAGUAAUUAGAUACUCAGCGUUUUGUGACACGCGGAAGAUCUCUACGCGAUUAAACGAGGGAUGGGAGAGACGCCUGUGGUGAUCAUCCAGCACCUGACCAGUGGCAGGUGGUGACGGUGCGAAAGUGAUGUUCUGUCCGCUACAAUGAAGAAGAUACUCAACUUCGCCAAGAAAAAGAAACACCCGCCCAGUUCUCCUGACAAUAGGAGUGGGCUUUCUGUUGGCUAUGAACUUAAGGAAAAGGACCUCGGGAAGGUUCACAAGGCUGCUCUCGUGGGUGAUUUGUCAAAGUUGAAGCAGCUCGCUAAAAAGAAUGAUGUCAACCAACUUGACAAGGAGAAUCGAACUGCACUCCACAUUGCCUGCGCCAGUGGACACGCCGAGGUGGUGCAGUUCCUUGUCGAGAGCAAAGCUAAGCUUAACCUAUGCGACAAUCAAAAUAGAUCUGCCUUAAUGAAGGCAGUGCAGGGCCAACAUGAGCGCUGCGUGACCAUUCUGCUUGAGAAUCGUGCCGAUCCCAACCUCGUGGACAUCAAUGGCAAUACAGCCCUGCAUUUGGCAGCAAACAUACCAUCCAUUUCCACUACUGUCCUCCUGCUGGAGCACGAAGCAGACAUCAAUGCACAAAAUAAGGAGGGAUUCACACCCUUGACUGUGUCGGUGCGUGAGGACCAUUUUGAGAUGGCUGAGUUCCUCCUCAAAGAGGGUGCUGAUGUGAAUGUUAUGGACCAAGCCCAAAGGUCCCCAUUAAUGCAUGCUGCUGGUAAUGGCCAUAGUGGCAUGUUGCAGCUGCUCUUGCGGUUUGAUGCGGAUAUCACACUAAAGGAUACCAAAGGAUGGUCAGCUGAUGACUACGCAGUGAUGAAUGGGCAUCAUCCUUGUUCCCUGCUGAUCAUUGAGCACGGCACCCAAAGGAAUGAUGGGCCUUCACUCUCCAAUCAAGGUCCGGGCAAAAAGAAGAAAAAAACAAUGUUGGGAAGUCCUUCCCACGACGUUGAAGCACGCUUCUCUUUGGGAGGACCGGCCUCUGACAAGGAUGAGCAUGGAACAAAUGAUGCAGGGGGAGAUUUUGAAGACAAUUCUCAGUCGGAGUCACUAAGUCGGGUUUCAAAAAAUGCUGCAGAUGAUUGGCCUUCAUCAGAAGAUGAUGGAUCGAUUUUAAUCGAAAAGAAUCCACAGAAGGUAAACCUAAGGAAAAUGAUUGCAUCCAAAAGGGGAAAAGCUUCCGCACUCCCUGACAGAUCCUUGAGCGGUACCGAAACUGAGCCAGAGAGUGAGAGUAGAGUCCAGAAAGUACCAUCCCUCCCGAAGGCUGUACCAUCCAGCAAAGCUGUGCAGCCCCCAGUAGAUCCCUCUCCCAUUUACUUCCUUUCCAAAGCACCCCAGAUGACCUCUACCCCUCUUCCCAGCCACAGAAAGAAAUAUUCCAGUGAAGAUGAGGAGGAGGGUGAUGGUGACCUGGGGGAAGAAUACAUCUCAGAUGAAAUAGAUGAACCUGGAGAGAGUGGAGAUUUCCUUCCCACCACUGCACCUGUUCCGGAGGAAGAAACCUCCACAGAUAAGAAACGAGAUUUCCUGUCUGAGCUGGGUCUGGAGAAGGAAGAGGAGGAGCAGGACUCUUGGGACUCUGAGUCUCACUCUGAAAACCCUGAUAUGCCACGUGCACAGAAACAAAGCAUGGACACUCGGGAUCAAGAACAGAUGGCCACUGGCAACGCAAAGAGCAAAGAAAACUUGUUUUAUAUUCCCUCUUUUUUAAGAGGGGAAAGAGGCAAUGGGAUGGCGGUUCUAGAACCUCGGAGGAGUGUAGGCAGGCCAAGAGGCAGCCAGUGUGAGGUUGAGAUCAGUAAUGGUGGUAAUAAAGCUCAACGUGUUGAGGAAGAUGUUACCACCCAGAAAGAGACCGAGAAGACUAAAUGGGAAACCCUCCGUGUUCUGAACAAACUUGAAGGGGAUGGAGAACGAAAGACGGACUUAAUGGAAGAGCUGGGUCUCGGUAAUGUUGAUGAUCUUGAAGAUGCAUCAGACUGGGACUCUGCCAGCACGGCCAGUAGGAGAACCCUGCCGAGGAGCAGAGAGGAGUUCCCAGAAUGCAUCUAUCCGUCUGUCAAAGAGCAGGAUGAGGACACUGCUCCGGCAGCACCCUUGACCCCGCAGAGGAGCAUCUACUCCAACAAAGCGAUGCCCAGCACGCCCCAGCAGCCCGGCCCCCAGCCCCAGCCUCGAGCAAGGAAGAUGGGCCUUCAGAAAGCAGAAAGUGAAGGAGAAUCCGAUUGGGAGCAAGACAAUGUCGUGUCUUCUUGCAACUCAGACAAAAUUGACAAUCAAUUGCGAAAUCUAGCUGAGUUUCAGACAGUGGUCCCACCAGGUUCCCCUCAGCGAUCACCGAUGGCCAAAGACAGUAAAAGAGUAGAGUUGCAAAAGGAGAUAGAUGAUGCAAUAGAUACUCGUGAGUUAGAUCUGAAUGAUGCAUGUCGAAGCGGUAGGGAAAGGGAUGCGCACUUUAGAGCUCAACGCAGCCCCGAAGAAAGAAACAAAGAGGGGGAUAUCGUCCCAUGGGAGAAUCGUUACGAGAAGCUCUGGGUAGAGGUGGAGAAAAGAGAGGUCAAGUCCACCUUCAAGCACGUUGCCGGGGAACUGAAAGAGAAGUUCGGGGAACUGCUUAAAUCCAGAAGCUCUGCUGGUGACGUCGAUGAUGAAGAAGAAGAAGAAGAACGGGCCCAAUCCACCUCUGCGGAAGAAGAGUCGAGCGGCGAUGAGGGCGACGGGGAGGUCAUCGUGCGCCCCUUGGCCAGAGCCAGGAGCACCGUCCUGCUCCCCAUCCCUGAGCAGAGGGAGUCUGGACCGGAAGACCCCGCGGCCGAGUCCCCCGACGGCUCCGCGUGCGAGGACGAGACGCCGCCCGCCGAGCCCCCGUCCACCGAGGGCGACGUGUGUCGAGAGCCAGAUCUCCUCGCUGAUGAUGAUGAUGCUGCUGCUGCACAGGAGGGCAGGUCUCCUGCACCACUACUCCACGCGGCACGGGGAGGCCGCCCCAACGAUGGCGCUCACGUGGCUUCCACUCACGGCCGCUGCGCGCCCCUGACGGAUAUUGACCUCGGGCCGUUCCAGGAGCCACAUCUGGAUCCGAUCUCGAGGGACGUCGCCGUUGAACGAGAUGAGGCGGAAGUUGCCAAGUCUGGCCCCCCCUCACUGGGCAGGCGUUCUGAUGAAGGGCUGGAGGCAAACGUGGAAAGACGUAAACGUGAGGUAGGGAUCCUGAAGAAUGUCUUCCUGGAUCUGGAGAAAGGAAAGGCCCAAGCGGGGAAAGAGGCUGCCAAGGAGAAGAGAGAGACCGCAUCGGAGCUCAACAAAUCCACAACCUCCUGUGACACUGGUGGAAUGGCGUUGGAAGCAGCCGACCCCGAGAAACCCGAGAGCAGGUCGGGAUCUCUGUCGAGUCGAGCUGGAGCGACUCACCAGGAGCAGCAGGGCGCCAAGAGCACCAACGGGGCACCGGUGCUAAUGCACCUCCCACCACAGCAGACCUACAAUAGCAGCAGGCAGGAGGGACGAGCUGUAGAGGAGACCUUACAGCCACAGCUGGUCAGAGGCGCCCAGCGCAGCAGAGCCCCUCUGACCAGCGCUCAUGUCAAUGGAGAUCCCCUGUCGGUGUUUGAUGAUAGCACUUUGAGUGAAUUGUCGGACGAUGAAGGAAGGGUUCCAACCGGCAGAAAAUCGAAAAUUGAGGACCCGGAGGAGGUCGGGAUGGCUGAAGACUUUGAUGAACUCACUCAGUCAUCCGACACAGCUACAGAUGACGUGGACUCUCCCACUUCAGGCUAUCGCCACGCAUCCGUCCUCAUUCAGACGCUGGACUCGGCCACUUUGGACUCCAGAAGCAUGGUGAAGCUGCAGAACAUUUUCCACGAAUAUGAGCGCUGCAUCCAAAAGGCGAGGAGUCGCCACGGGUACCUGUCGGACAAGGUGAGCCAGCUGGAGAUGGAGAGGGCUGAGUUGAAGAGAUCCCUGGAGGAACUUAAAGAUUUGAAAUCUGCCUUGGAGCGCAACCAGCUGGAGCUGCAGACGGAAGUCACAAACCUCAAAUUCCAGCUGAAACAGGAGGUGGAAAACCGGCGAAACGCCACCAUGAUGUACAACACAACCAGAGAUAAGCUGAGGAGGAUGGAGGAGCAGCAGCAGUUGGAGGUGCAGGAGAGGCAGAAGGUGGAGCUCUCCCUCAGGAAUCUGCAGCUGGAGAUGAGAACUCUGGUGAACAACAUGAAACAGCUCGAAGAGGACCACAGCGAGACCCAGCGACUGCUGGCUCACGAGCGCAGUGCUCGCACGCUGCAGGAGAAUCUGCUCAGCAGCCAUCUUCGAAAGCAGCAGGAGAUAGAGGAGGACAACAAGAGGAACAUAAGCAAAAGCAAUGAGGCCUUGUCCCAGCUCACUGAAGCCAGCGACAGGGAGCGAGAGCUGAUGCAGCAGAGUGUUAACUUGCAGGACCAGCUGACCAUCCUGAGAAGUGACCACGAGCGUCUCCGUGCCAACAGCGGCCUCAAAGAGAGCCACCUUUCCGACGAGAACGAGGCCCUCCGGGAGCAGCUGGAGGAUGCUCGGCGAGAUCUCAAACUCAACAGUGAAGCCCUGACCCAAACGGUCUUCAACUGCAACAACCAGGUGACCGCCCUGAAGUCGGAGUUAGCCGUGGCAACAUCCCGUCUGGAAAGUGAGCGGCAGACCCGCGAAACCCUGGAUUCUGAGGCGGAGUCCGCUCGAAUCCGCCUGGCCGGAGCCGUGAAGCAGGCGGAGCUCUCCAUGGCCGCUCACACGGACCUGGAGAGGGCUCUGCUCCGGGAGAGGGAGGAACACCAGCGCUUUAAAGACAGAAUCACAGGUGAAGCAGCCAGUCAACGCGAGGCGAUCGCCAGCUUGUCCCAGAAGCUGGCCACGGCGGAGUCUGGCGCCAACAGCAUGGAGAACGAGGUUCAUCGGGCCACCCUGCAGCUGACGGAGAAAAGCCUCCUGCUGGAGGUCGUGCAGCGGGAGAAGGACCAGGCGGCCGCGCGCGUCAAGGAGCUGGAGUCGGCCCUCCAGGCCGAGAGGGAGCAGAUCGGCCGCGUCGGAGCGCGCCAGGAGGCCGCGCAGGAGCGCCUGGCCCAGACCCAGAGCGAGGGCAUGCUGCUGCGCCAGCAGCUGGAGGAGGCCCAGAACAAAGGCGCCGCAAAAGAGCGCGCCGUGGCGGACGCCCAGGAGCGCUUCAGCGACAUCCUGUCCCAGCUGCGCUCGGACAGCGAAGAGCGAGUACAACUAGUGGAGGAGAGGAGCAAGGAGCUCGCCGGCAAGGCCGCCGAUCUCCGAGAUCAAAUCUACAAAUUGGAGCAGGAGAAGAACGAAAGGGAGACUAGUCAGAGGCAGCUGCAGCAGGAGCUGGCUGACUCACUCAAGAAGCUGUCAAUGAGUGAGGCUUCCCUGGAGGUCAACACGCGCUACCGCAACGACCUGGAGGAGGAGAAGGCCCGUCUCUUUAAAGACUUGGACAGGGUCAAAGGAAAGCUAGAGGAAAGCGAAGACCAGUAUGUGCAAGCCGAGAAACGUAUCAACUGUCUGAAGAACGUUCUGGAUGAGAAAGAGAAGGAACUCGCCAGUGCUGCUCAGAGACACCAGGCGGCGCUGUCUGCCUCGGCAGCUUCCGAGAUCACCAUCCGACAGCUGGAGGAGGCCAUGCAACAGCUGGAGAUAGAGAACGCCAGGCUGGAAGCUGCUGCCAAGCAACAGUCCAACAAAAUUGAGACGCUUCAGAAAGGGGCUCAGGAGUUUGCAAUGCUGUCUGACUGUGCACCUGGAGGAGGGGUCAGAGGUCAUUUGGAAGACUUGGUUUCAAACCUCCAAAGCAGUAAGAUGAAUUUGGAGGACCAACUCACUCGUGAGGUGCAGAAGCGAGGCACGCUGUCUCACACGGCCCAGGACUCUCAGGCCCUGUGGGAGGAGGAGCUGAAGAGCCGCUCUAAGCUAGGGCUGCGCCUGGCGGAACUUGAAAAGGAAAAGGGAGACCUCAGCACCCAGAUGGAAAUAGAAAAGAAGAAAGCCAAGAAAAUAGCGGAGCAGAAGAAGGCCGUGGACAUCCGGCUGGAUCAGGAGAUGAAUAGAAACGCAGACCUUCAAAAAGAAAUGUACAGGUUUCGUACUUUAUUGAAGACUGCGAAGAAGAAGUUGCGGGAUCAGGAACCAGGCGGCGCUGAGUACGUCUCUCCCACCGGCGCCCUACGGACGGACCAAGGCCGGCAGGGCCAGGCCGAGGGGGCCUUCGGACUAAUGAAAGAAAAGGUGGACGAUCUGCAGGUGCGGCUGAAGAAGGAGGGCUCCCGCCGCAGCCAGCUGGAGAAGGCCAACGGCGACCUCACGGACCAGCUGGCCUCCCUGAAGAGCUUGAGCUGCAGCAACGAGCGACUGGAGAGGAGCAGGAGGCAGCUGGAGGAGGAGGUCCUGGACCUGAGACGCCGCAUGGAGGCCUCUCAGAUGGAGCAGAGCCAGGUGGAGCGCGUGCGCCAGGACGCAGAGGAGCGGGCCCGCCAGGAGUUAAAACAGAAACUGGAGCAGGUCAACGUUUUCCUGCAGUCCCAGGCAGCGUCCCAAGAAGCACUGGAUCAGAUCAAAGCGACCAACGAGGCCAACCUGCGCCUCCAGCUGGAGCACAAGAUCCGCGAGCUGGAGGGGGAGCUGGGCCGGGCCCGCACCACCCACCACGACAGCCUCAGCCAGAGGGACUCCACCCGCGCAGAGGUCGAGCGCUUCCGCCACCUCUACGCCGAGGAGCUGCGCCUCCGCAAGUCCCUGGUGGCCAAGCUAGAGAGGGCCAACAGUCGGCUCGCAGAAGCCAAUUCCAAGCUGCUGAACGAGUGCGGCAGGUCUCUGAUCACCGGCAGCAUCGCAAACGGGAGCCUGGGAGGGGCCUCGCUGGACUUGGGCUCUCUGGGUUCACCGGCGCACUACGGGGCCACACUGGGGCCCCUCAACAGGAGCCUCGGCCUGGGACUCUCCCUCCUCAGCCCUGUGACCGACGGGCAGAGCAGCCGCGUGGAUUACCUAGCCAAGCUGCAGAGUGAGUUGGACAGAAACAUUUCAAAAGAACUGAACAGCGGCGCAGCGGAGCUGGACCUGAGUUCGGCCCGUCUGUCCCCCGUGGGCUCGUCCUCCAGGGGGGAGCUGGACCCCGCCAGCAGGGCCACGCAGCAGUACUUGGAGGUACUAAAGAAGAACCGUAUGAUCUGAAGACGGCUCCCCGGGCGGCUCGUCGGCGACGGUUAUGUUUCUGCAACUAAAAGGUGCAACUAUUGGCCAGUGAAAUGACACGGAGCGUCAGGCGUGUUUACUCUCCCUUCUUUUAUCUUUUAUAAUGCACACUGCACUUAACCACUCAGGAGCAAAGGGCGCGAGUCACUCAUAUGUAUACCUACAUUAUGUAUACAUCUAUAUGUAUUUUUAUAUAUAUAGGUUGACAUGUACAAUUAGCAAAGACCUCCAAAAGUAUUUCUUCUAUCUGGCUAAUUCCAUUAAAUCUGUAAGUUUUGUUUUUAUUUGGACAACGUAUUGGUUUGAAUUUUUAUUUGUGGAUGUUGCUGUAGCUGAAUUUGAAUUUUUAAGUAUUUGAUGUAUAGAUCAUUAAUCACUUUGCCAAGAUAUUACAUCUGGUACGUGCCAUCAAAUGGUGCAAUAGACUCAGUGGAGUGUUGUGUUUGUUAUUUUAUUUAUUCGUUAUUUUUGUUUUUUAUGAACAUGAAAUACUUGAAUAAGACGAGCUGGAAUACUCUCUGGCUAUUGAAACAGGGUGACGACAUCUAUACAACUGUCAUUUCAACUCUUGGUUUGCUUGCUUUUUAGGGCCACCAAAAGUGAAACACGCUUCUCUUUAUAUAAAUACUGUAAUAGAUUACAUAGAGGAAAACAUUUACGACACCUGUACAUUACAGAAGACUCUAAAAUGGCAAAUAAAGAUGAAAAAACCUG